CCGUCUGACCCGUUUUGAAAAUGUUUCAGGAAGUGCAUGUUUGUUGAAAGGUUUGUUUGGAUAGCUUAGCCCACCUCGCUAUAUGACAUCGUCGCAUUUCAUUCUCUUUUUGCAGAUCAGCGAUUAAAGUGUAGAUUUAAUCUAUGCAAAAAUCGCCUGGCUUAAAUAAAAGAGUAAGCAUGCGUUAUGUUCUUUCAACUCGAAUGCUAUUGCACUAGCGAGCUUGCUUUGUUAUGUUUUUCCUGGACAGGUGUUGCUAGCUGGACGUCUUGUGUUGUUAUGUAUAAACAUGACACUUUAGUUGUGUAGACCUAUCAGAUCGGUCAUCUGAGAAGCUCACGGUGAGAUACAUCUUAGUUCAUUAAAUAUCGGUGAGCUAAAUUUAGAACGAAAGCUAGUUAGGUAACUAACGUCAGCUAACAUCCGGUUUAAAUAGCCCGCAAGCAGGUAACGUUAGGGGUUUUUCACAAGGAAGUAAGCAGUUUCUGCUUGAUCUGAUCUACAGGGUUUUGUCUGAUCGAGCCGCACCAUGUCUACGUCCAAUUUUAAGAAUAAGUGUGUCGCUCAAGUGAACUGCAUUUACUGCGAUAGUCUUCUGUGCACAAGAGGCAUGAAAGCUGUGCUUUUAGCAGAUACAGAAAUCGAGCUGUUCUCCACCGACAUGCCUCCAAACAGGACUGUCGAUUUCGUCGCAGGCUGCUAUUCGACAGAAAGCUGUAAAUGCAAAUUAAGAGACAUCGCUUGCCUAAACUGUGGAAAUGUUGUGGGGUAUCAUGUAGUUGCGCCGUGCAAACCCUGCCUACUCUCCUGUAACAAUGGCCACUUCUGGAUGUUUAACAGUGAAGCUGUUUCUACCAUUAACAGACUGGACGCAUCAGGUUUGGAGUCUCGGGAAACAUUUAACAUACAUUUGAUGUACAGAAGAUCAGCCAUAUCAUUAAAACCACAUGGAUUACCUAUCAAGGGGAGGGGUAUAUUAAUCAGCAAAUGAACACUGAGUUUUUGCAGUUGAUGUGAUAGAAGUUGGAAAAAUUGUCAAGUGAAAGGAAGGGCGACUUUGACGAGGGCUAAAUUAUGAGGGUCAGCAUACAGGCCACCUAUAUCAUAAUAGGCAGGUGGUUUUAAUGUUAUGGCUGAUAUCAUGGGUUGUUUCUGUCCAAAUGUUUUACAAAAAAGAGAGAGAGAGCACAUCCAAAUGAUAUAAUCAAACACAGGCAUCCCAAAACCUCUUGAUUGCCUUCUUGAGUCCUCGAUCCUACAUGACCUAAAAAUCACUCAGUCAUCUUUAAUAAAGUCUUGUGGAUAAAAGAAACCUCUUCAAAAACAAAUAACAAUAAAUUAUAUUAUUAUACUAAGAACCACAGAUCAAUAUUGUUCUGUAUAUGUUGAUUCGUUAUCCAGGUCAACAAUAAGUGAAUUCAUUAAAGCGAUGCAGCAGUGAGCUGGACCAGACAUUACAUUAAAAAAAAAAAAAGUUGUAAUUUGUUCUUGCUCACUUUAUUACAGGGAAGGAAGCAAGGAAAGGAUAUGAUGAGGCGUAAUUUAAGAAAUGAGAAGCACCUGUGGUCUUGUGCUCAUCACAAACUAUAUAGCUCACUAAGAAGAACAUGUGGUACAGUUGAUGUGUGGCAGCACAGAAGUGUCUUCUGUUCAGUGUUUCUCUUAUGCAAAUUAAAAAUUUGCAUCAAAACCAUGUGGACGGAAAGUCUGUUACAUUCAGCGUGCUUGAGCAUUAACUUAAAAGCAACUCGCCGGAUUGCAUUCAUCGCUUUAAGAAUCUUGCGCUCGAUUUGCAUUCAGACGUUUUUGUGCAUAUAGAAAUACACAGGUGCCAAACUUCUGAGGGUUUACUGUUGAUUCCCUGCAGCGUUACAGUAGACACCUAAGAACAAGCCAGUUCCUAUCUGUCUUCUAGGAGUUUCUUGUUUGAAAUUUUGGCACUGCUAUAGCUGAAGCCGUAACAGAGCAUCUGUUUUUUUGUUUUGUUUUUUUCCCCCGGGAUCAAAUGCAUUCAAAUGAAUCUGGUGAUAUUUUAAGUGUGUGAUCGUUUUCCUGUCUUCCUCUAUAAGGAGUGAAUCUGCUGCUGUGGGGAGAUCUGCCCGAGCUGGAGGGAAGUGAGGACGAGAGCACAGGCAGCCUUUCAGAAGAAGAAUACCUCAGAUAGAAGGUCAUAGAGGUACCGACACCCCCCUCCUUCCUUUAACGAAAUAUUCGGGAGACUCUCGGGAGAAUCGUCAUUUGAAGCACAUUCUGUUUGUCGACUCGGAGAAGGGGGAAACAGACACCGCAGAAUGAUGAAGCUUUUUGUCGUAUGAUUGCACCCUCGACAGCAGUCUGCUUUUGAGUAUAUAUUUUUGCUACAGCACCUAAUAUGACUAGAUCACGUGUAAAGCACGAGCCUUUUCGAGUCAUUUUCUUCUUGCCAAUUUCAUUCCGUUCGAUAAACUCCGAUAACUGGAAGGAAAAAUACGAUGUGCGGAAAAGAAGCAAAAAUGUCGUGCAGUUAUAUAAACCGCAGCAGUGUGCAUUAUUAAUUGAUAUUAAUUUAUUGCAUAAUUCACAGAAGCAACAUACUUGAAAUGUAAGAAAUGUGAGCAACAUAUUUUCUGUGAAAGACUCACAGAAGCACUUCAACAUGUGUAUUAUAACCACUUUUAUUUAAGGAAAAAAUCUUGCCAUGUCUUGAGUGUAAUUUGAGUGAAAUUCAAGAAAACGUUUGAAUGAUUCGAGCGUGAAUGGCACAUGCAUUAAACCCUGGGAUGGAUGGAAUGUGUGUAAAUGCAUACUAUGCCUUUUUUUUUUUUUUUUUUUUAGUACCAGUUUCAACAUUGUAGGGAAAGUCUUAUGCUGCGUUCACACACACACAAAGAGUGUCUCACAGCUUCAAAGCGAUCGAUCAUUUUCAGAAACCGUUAAUGAGUAGAGUGUGGCCAGUGAUGCGUUAUGCAAAUGUGAAGCGACAACCAAUGAGAGUCGAAGACGGUAAAGCGCACGUGAUCCGUGACUAAGAGCAAAUGCUGCUGCUCCUUCAUCUCUUAUCAUAUGAUGCAAAUACACACUGGUGUAUAUAUUUUAUACACAAACAACAAAUCUUUCUCUAGAAGAACCUUUCAUCACAAGAAAAGUGAUACAAACUGCAUCACCCAUGUUAAUAAUAAAUGUUAUACCAUGGCAACCACAAGUAGGAACGCCUAAUGAUGACUUCAUAGACUGUGAAGCGGUGCAGCGGUGAAAUGGCUGUAUGUGUGAACGCAGCAUGAGGUUAAAGUAAAGUAGCACAAUUUUGGACUAAAUGAGCCUAAACAUGAAUGCUUGCUUCUUUUUUUUUCAUUUAAUUUAUAUAUAUAUAUAUAUAUAUAUAUAUAAAUAUAUAUAUAUAUAUAUAUAUAUAUAUAUAUAUAUAUAAUGCCAGUGUAUCUAAACUGCGUGAACUUGAAUAGCUGAUUAUUCAAAAUAUACAGUCUUAUAAUAUGUAAUAUAUAUACACAAACAUGCACUGAAAUACAGUUUAAUAAUAGCAUUAUUUUACACAACUGGGUUAUUUUUUCCUGGACAUCAUCUUUUCUGCUUCUACAUUCCUUUUGACAGAAUUUAACCAAUACACUUAAGUUUGUUUUUGUUUUGUUUUUUUGUUUAUUUUCAUGGAAACAAUCAUUCAACUGACAAAUAGGAAGAAUUACAUUACUCCUCCAUCCUAUUUUUACCAAAAAAAUAAAUAAUUGUAUCAUUCAAUUCUACAAAAAUUCACUGUAUUGAUAUUAUUGUUUGAGUAGUUAUGUUGUGAAGGCACGUGCUAUCAAAAUUUCUUCUCAGAUAUUAGAAGUGUUAAGGUACUGACAUGUAAUUCUGCUCAGAAAAAGUAAAAAAUCAGACCUGUUAUUGGCUUUAUUGCAGGGUUUUUUUUUUUUGUCCUUCUGGCUUUGCAAUUUGCAUUAAGAUGACUUGACCAAAAUAAAACGGUAGAAGUACUAUUAUUUUUAACUUAUUAACAGAAAACGGUUUAUUUUCUGUAAUUUAUCAACAUUGUGAAUGUUUAUAUUUAUUAACAGACAUGAGACUGUAUUUAUACUCGGAUAAAUUUCUCUUGCACCAUCUGAUGACUGAAAGGAAGUUUGUAAUUCUUUGACUUUGCACUGUAAAGGUGUUGCUGGAUUGAACUUCGAGUUGUUUUGUAUGCUUGCUGUCUUGAUAUUAAACGUUUUUAAG